AUGGGGAUUGAAUUUGAAAAGCCUGCUUAUAUUCAGCAAGAUGCUAAAGAUUUUCUGCUACCUUUAUCAGAACGUUCUAGAGAUUGGGUUAGGAGCCUUCAUGUUAAUGAUGAUAUAUUUAAUAAUAUUACUACUCAGCUAAUAGAUAUGACUCCUAAUGAAGUGGUAGAAAGAGCACUAAAUGGGAGAAAAUAA